AAUAAACAUCAAGCCGGGGACACUAGCAGUUGCUUGUCGCGAGCGAACACAAGAAUCUCGAUCUGGGAAAACCUGCGACUCAAAUAUUACUGUGUUUAGUAGUGUUGGGUAGUUAAGUAUUGGGCACCCCGUUGCAGUACCUGGACGUCGUUUAAAUUUAUAUUUCUCAAAUAUACCAGACUGCUCUUUAUCGUUCUUGACAAGGUACAGUUAAUAUUUGAGAUUUAACGGUCAUUUAUAAAUUUAGAUUAACUCAGUAAUAUGGACGCCGAACAUAAAGACAUACUUGACUAUUUAUCUCAACCUAAUUUCGAACAAAUUAAGACAGAACUUUCUCGUUGGAACAUUGAGUAUGAAAUGAAAAAUGCAGGAGAAUCUGUUAAAGCAGUAAGGAUGGGCAAUAAAAUAUAUAACAAGAAAACUCACACGGACGAAGAACACAAAAGGAUUCUGUACUUUUAUAACAUGGGCAUAGCUUAUGCUCCCAGUGGAUCUGCAGAAUUGAUAUAUGCUUACACCACUAGAGUAAAUUUAUUGAUACAUCUCAAUAAAUUUAACGAGGCUAUAGGUAGCAUAGAUACAAUCUUAGCAUUGACAAAUUCAGACAGAGUAAAAUUGGAACUAUAUUGUCAAAAAGCCAUUUGUCUUGCUGCCCUUAGCCCUUUUACAAAAGAUGAUGUAUUCGAAGAAGUGGAUCGAUAUUUUAUGAAAGUAAAGUUAUCUGUAAAGAAUACAGAUGUUUUAUCAGAUCUUAUACGGGAAAUAAAGGAAAAUAAAUCUCAAGCAGAAUCAAUGGAGCAAUUCAAACCUAACAAUCAAGAGUUUUUACAAGAAAAAGAACAGUACAAUAAAAUUAUUAUUGAUAGAGAAAAAGUUGAUCCAUUUGAUUUUGUUGAAAUAAAAUUAACAGAAAAUAUGGGUAGAGGUCUAUUUGCUAAAACCAAUUUUAAAGCAGGCGAUUUAGUUCUAGUGGAAAAACCUUGUAUGAUUGGACCAUCUUUUCACAACCAAUAUGUAAUCUGCUCUCAGUGUUUAUCGGUUGCAUGGACUGGAAUUCCAUGCGAAACAUGUCAUGAUUAUAUAUUUUGUUCUUUAAAAUGUAAAACCAUGGCCUGGAAAGAGUAUCAUUACAUGGAAUGCUCAAUAACACCAUAUCUUAUUCUAUAUCAUUCAAAUCUUCCCUCUUGGGUUCACAUAGGUCUUAAAUUUGUAAUAUCAUUGAUGAAAGAUUAUAAAACAAUAGAUGAGCUUAAAUCCAAACUGAACAUUCCCAAAAAUGAUCAAGUUAAAAUAGAGAAUCACAAAUUUGAACCAAAAAUUAAUUUACUCUAUAAACUUAUGAGUUUGUCUCAUAACUUAUCUGAGCAACGAAAAAUGAAUUCUACCGCUUAUACAGUUGUAGCGUUGAUUAUUGCGGGGAAGUACACAACUUUUUUUUCUGAAAAAUUCAAUGAUAUCCGUAAUUAUAAUUUUUCAAAGAAUGAAGAUUUUCUAUUCAUUGCAUCUUUGCUUUUAAGAUUGGUGAGAAUGGGGUCUGUCAAUACUCAUGAAAUAGCAGAUAAUCCGGCUGUACUAUUACCUACAAGAAGCAGUAUAGUUAGAGGAUUUUGCCUAGGACUUAUCAGUAGUCAUAUCAAUCACAGUUGUGCACCAAACAUUCAAAGAUGUUUUUCAGAUGAUAUGAACUAUGUUUUUUAUACCACGGAACCAAUUGCUAGCGGAACUCAGCUUUUAGAUUCAUACAAUGACUUAUUUUAUAAUACACCAUUGGAAGUUAGAAAAAGAGAUGAUUCAAAUUUUGUAUGUCAGUGCAUUGCUUGUAAAGAAAAGUGGCCUUGUCUUAUAUUAUCAAAGGUAGCCAAAGCAUUUAUUGCUGAUAAAGUUAAGUAUGACCAAACAACAUAUUGGAAAGAAAUAAGUUUCAUGACGAAAAUAGAUACAUUAAUACAGACAUUUCGCUAUAGACAAUAUUUAAUUGAUAAAGAUUAUAUACAAAUGGUCGCUGAUCACAUAAAUGAAGUAGCUGAUAUUUUACCACAACCUAGUUUGGUUAGAUGUGUGUUACUUAAAAUGUUUGAGAGGAUUAUGGACAAGUAUUAUGGUUUUACUCAGCCCUUUGAAAACUUUUGUUCAUCAAAAAUAGAACUAGUUUUGUAAAGUUAAAAAUUUUUUAUCAUUUAUUGACAGUCGGUUUUGAAAAAGUCAAUAUAACUCAAACCUAAAUGAGGUAAUUACAAGUUUAAUUUAUAAACUUAAAUAUGAGACGUUCUAAUUUUUUCUAUAAUGUUUAAAAAUCUUUACAUUCUUAAUAAUGUAAGUGUAAAUAUAAGUGUAAUUAAGUAAUAUUUUGCUAACUUGAAUAAUACAAACUCUGAUGUUUUUAUGAUGUAAAUCAUAAUUAGUAAUAAAUUUAAUUUUUGUGCCCGA